CACUGGUACUCACUGGUACUGAUACUCACUGGUACUCACUAGUACACUCACUGGGAUACUCACUGGCACUCACUGAUACUCACUGGUACACUCACUGGUACACUCACUGGUACACUCACGGAUACUCACUAGUACACUCACUGGUACACUCACUGGUACACUCACUGGUACUCACUGGUACACUCACUGGUACUCCCUGGUACACGCAUUGAUACUCACUGAUACUCACUGGUACUCACUGAUACACUCACUGGUACACGCAUUGAUACUCACUGAUACUCAGUGGUACACUCACUGGUACUCACUGGUACACUCACUGAUACUCACGGAUACUCACUGGCACCCACUGGUACUCACUGGUACUCACUGGUACUCACGGAUAUUUGCUCGCCGAGAGCAACGAAGCCGUGAAGAACACCUCGGACUUGAGAUCAUUCACGUGCAGUCCGCGGCAGCAAUGAGUAAGUGGAGUUCCAACUCCUCCACCUCGUCCACCUCGUCCACCUCCACAUUCCGAUCGGAGCGGAACUUGGUGCAGAGGGGGUCGACGGCUGGUGGACGUCUCCUUAUCGCCAGCGACGGCGGAGCGCCGUUCUCCCUGCUCGGCGAGUCGAAUCAGCCGCUCAUGGCAGGCGGGGUGAGCAUGCCGGUAAGGCUGGUGGGUGAGAAUUACGAGGUGAGUGUGCAAGUCGGAGACGGCUUCACCCCGGAAGACAUCGUCGUCACCUCGUCCAGCCUUGUUACGGAGGUUCACGCAGAGCGGCUGGCUGACGAUGGCCGCGUGUCGGCGUCGUUCCACCACCGCGUGCGUCUCCCUGAAGACGCUGACCCCACCUCGCUGGGGGCCGCCCUGGGCCCCGGGGGGGCCCUCACGCUCACCGUGCGGCGGCGCGCGGCCGGGGCCCUCGGGGCGACGCCCGCGGCCUUCCGCACCCAGGUCACCAUCUGAGCUGUUGGGGGGGGGGUGGGUGGGUGAGGUGGGUGGGUGAGGUGGGUGGGUGGGGUGGGUGGGGUGUGCACACGGAUGUACCCAACACUGUGGGUGAGGGAUGAUGUGUUACUGGAAGGUGAUCGCCCGCACGCACUCGUCAAAACACUCGCCCGCCCACUCACACACACACUCGCCCACACACUCGCCCACCCACACACUCACCCACCCACUC